AUGGAGGUGGCCGAUGAGGUAUCGGUGGUGGGGGACUCCCGCCAUAUGGCUGAGCUGAAGUUACAGAAGAGACAACAGCCUAGCAGUGGAAUAAGGAGUGAGGUCGAGCAGUAUAUGGUGGCCGCAAAAGUGGAGGCCGGAAAGUUUGAGAUCACGGAGUCGGUUCAACGUGAAGAAAACAGUGGCCACAAUAUGAGGGAUAUUGAUAUAAACCAACCCGCGCCUGAGGCAGUGGAAGAGCCCAUAAAUAAUGACAUGGUAAAAGAAGGGACGAAGCCAAAAAAGCUUCGUCUCUCUCCGGCGCAAGCCUUGCUGCUGGAAGAAGCAUUCAAAAAGAACCCUAUCCUCGAAUCCACGGAGAAAGAGGAGUUGGCCGCAAAGUUAGACAUUUUGCCCCGCCAAGUGGAGGUCUGGUAUCAGAACCACAAGGUCAGAAUGAAGGCGAGGCAGAUGGAGACGGAAAAUGCUUGCCUGAAGCAACAGUGUCAGCUAUUGAUCGAAGAGAACAUAAGGCUCCGUCGCGAGAUCGAGAGGCUACGAGCCCUUGAGAUGCCUCCACCCAACUCUACCGUCACCAUGUGCCUUGGCGCUGGCUCCGUCGCACCCAUGCCCGGUGCUAGCAACACCAACCUCCAACCGCAGCCUCCCUCAACUAAAUAG